UAGUAAACUAAAAUGUAGGGAUAUAAGAUAAGAGGGUGUGAUCGUCUUCCUCUCAUUCAUUCCACAUCUCUGAGCUUUUAGCUUUAAACAUGACCAAUUCAGUUUUCUCCUUCUUCUUCACGGUCUCUCUUUUGCUUCUUCUCGCCGCGGCUUUGGCAACUGCAUCUGCAGGGAACGCCACAAGUGGGUUGAGAUAUGAUGGAUGUGCCCCUGGAGAUACUGUCGGAGGAUGCAUAAUGGCGGCGGUUGAGGGGGACGAAGAGGGAGUUGAAGCGGUGAUGGGGCGGAUUCUGAAACCAACAGUUAUAAGCUACGACGGUCUGCUGGGAGCGGCGGCUUAUAAAUGUAAUAUUGCCGCUAAUUGCCUCAAACAGGUUAAUGGGAAAGACGCAACUUGCACUUACUACAACCUUUGCAAACGCUCAGUUUGAAUUUGUAUUCAUCCUUUUUAUAUAUGUUUGUAAUUUUGUAUAUGUUGCUUUUUACCCUUGAUAAUGUGUUUUUUAUGAUCUUUUGGUCAAGAAAAAAAGAGAGGGGAUGUAACAAUAAUAAGAAAGUCGGUCUUUUGUAACAAAAAAAGAAUAAACAAAUCAUCCAUAAGUUCUGUUAAUAGAUGUUAACAGGGUGUUAAUCAGAGAA